AUGCAGCUUUUUGCUUGUGUUGUUACUGGUUUAAAAAUGAGAUUGGUGGAUAUAAAAAAAGAAUAUCUUUUAAAAGAAGGAUUGCCUUUUCGAGGUCAUGAUGAGAGUGAAAAUUCUACAAGAAGAGAAAACUUUUUAGAUCUCUUAAAGUGGUACGCAGAUAGGAAGGAAGAUGUGAAAAUAGUUGUACUUAAACUGAGAUUACUUUUAAAGAUGUCUCUCAUAAAGAACAAAUGGCCCUUGUUCUGCGAUAUGUUAACAAAGAAGGGACAAGGUUAUGAUGAAGCUAGUAGUAUGUGGGGAGAAUUCAAUGGUCUUAAAACUUUGAUAAUGAAAGAUACUCCUUCGGCAUAUAGUGUACAUUGGUUUGCUCAUCAAUUACAAUUGACUCCUGUAGCUGUUGCAAAGAAGCAUCAUAAGGUAGAUCAAUUUUUUUAUAUUCUUGCUAAUAUUUUGAAUGUUAUUGGAGGAUCUUUUAAGCGUAGGGAGAUGCUUAGAGAUGAUCAAACAGAAAAAUUAUUGAUGUUCGGUGAAGUUCAUACAAGAAGUGAAUUGAAUCAAGAACUUGGACUUCAAAGGGCAGGAGAUACUCGUUGGAGUUCCCAUUUUAAAAUAGUGCAUGACUUUAUUAAAUUAUUCUCCUCAAUUAUUCAUGUACUAGGAAUUCUUGCUAAGGAGGGUUCAAAUUACCAAUACAAAUCAUUGGCAAAGAGUUUAGUAGAUGAUAUAAGAUCUUACGAACUUAUUUAUUUGCUUGUGAAGUUGAGUUUGAUAUUACCUGUGGCGACUGCAACGGUGGAAAGAGCUUUCUCUUUGAUGAAAUAUAUUAAGAAUGACAUGCGUAGCAGAAUUGGUGAUGAUUUUUUGAAUAAUUGUUUAGUUUGUUACAUAGAGAAUGGGGCAUUUGAAAAUGUACCCAAUGAAGCGAUCAUUGAUCAUUUUCAAAACAUGACAAGUCGUUGA